GAAAGGGACAGCCAUGAGAGACACGGCAGAGAAAGGAGGAGGAGGUGGAGACACAGCAAAAUCAGAGAGAGAUCAGAGUUGGAUCCCUAAAAUCUUCAAAAAGAGAGUUUGCUCCACUUUUGUUGAGGAUUCCUUCAGUAAUGGCAACUUGUGCCAAUGUGGAGGCCGGAGAGAUGACCACGCAUCUGUGGCUUUAGGAGACUUCUUCAGCACUGCCAUUGUCAAUCACUGGGACAGCACCCAGCACUCGUCUGAAUACCCCACAGACGCCUUCGGAGAACUGCAGUUUGCUGGAGCCAGUAAGAGGCAGAGUCAUUUCUUGCGGCUGUCAUGGGACACGCCCCCUUCUAUGGUGUACACGCUGAUGACCGUCAACUGGAAACUGCCUGCUCCAAACCUGGUGGUGUCUGUGGUGGGAGGAGAGGGCCGGACCAAGGUGAAGACCUGGGUCCGUGAGGUCAUCAGACAGGGGCUGGUGAAGGCUUCACAAAGCACAGGAGCGUGGAUAAUGACCACAGGGCUGCGUGAAGGCAUCGGCCGGUGUGUUGGGGAAGCUGUCAGAGAUCAUGCCACAGCAGCCUCUUCUGUCAGCACCAACAAAGUGGUGGCCUUGGGCAUCGCUCCGUGGGGACUUGUGCGCAACCGGGAUCAGCUUGUCAACUCUCAGGGUAGCUUUCCUGCAAAGUACCAUGUCCAGAAUACAUCGCAAGAUUCUUGUUACCUGGACAACAAUUACCAGGCCUUCCUUCUGGUGGACGAUGGGAGCGUGGGGCGGCCUGGAGGGGAAACAGGCUUCAGGGCAAAACUGGAAGACCACAUCUCUCACCAACGCACAGGAAUCUGGGGCAGUGGUAGCAUUGACAUUCCUGUCCUGUGUAUGCUGGUCUCAGGAGAGGCAAAUAUGCUAGAGAGAGUUGAACAGUCUCUGAAACAUGCCAUGCCCUGGUUGGUGCUGGCAGGAUCUGGGGGUGUGGCAGACUUCUUGAGUAAUGUUCUGGAGAACCUGUCCUCUGCCCCUGUGACGCAGUCGUCUGGGGAGGGUGAUGGUGAGGUGGGCCCCAGUGUGGACCUGAAGGAGCGAAUGGCCGAGAGAGUGAAGAAGUACUUCCCCUCCGAGGCAAACACAGACAAACUAGUUGAGCAGGCUUUGAACAUCUACAAUAACAGAGGAUUCAUUACAAUAUACCACGGAGAGCAAGAAGGCCCAAAUGAUUUCGACACUGUACUGCUUAAAGCUUUAGUUGGAGCAAGCAAACAGAGAAUGUCCAUUGAAGACAGUCCUUAUAAUGAAGAGUUGAAGUUAGCUGUCACAUGGAACAGGGUUGACAUUGCCAAGAGCGAACUGUUCAAUGGAGACAUUCAGUGGAAGUAUGAAGAUUUGGAAGAAUCCAUGACAGAUGCCCUGAUCAAUGAUAAGCCCAAGUUUGUCCGCCUUUUCAUUGAGAAUGGUUUCAGCAUCCUGGAGUAUCUAACAUAUGGACGACUGGAAACCUUGUACCAAUCCGUGGCUCAGGGCACUGUUAUUUACGAAUUGCUGAAGCGUCGCCUACAGGAGCGACAAGGAACUACAGUUAAUGGUCCCUUAAUAACAAAUGCACCUCCCUCCCCCACCACAUUCAUUGUGGAGGAGCCCCCCACUGGUCCCGAAUUGGAUAUUUCUCUCUUUGAGGUAUCGGGAGUAUUAGAAUUCCUGAUGGGAGAUGUAUGCCAACCAUUUUACCUUGAAGCUGUGGGCAUAGAACGAUGGGCAUCAAGACGACGUGCGCUGAAGCGCAUCAGUAAGAUCCUGCAAGGAGAAUGUCUGUAUCGUGACAAACGCUGUUUGUUUCCCUGGGCUUCUCUGUUUAUCUGGGCCGUGCUGCAGAAUCGUCAUGAAAUGGCCACUCUGUUUUGGGAGAUGGCUGCAGAGUCUGUGCUCAGUGCUCUGAGUGGCUGUAAGAUUUUGAGAGAGUUGUCUAAGCUGGAGACUGAAACUGAAACUAAACUCUCAAUGAAAGAGCUCGCCCAAAAGUUUGAAAACCUUGCACAUGAUAUUUUCAGCUCUUGCUAUCGGAGCGAUGAGAGCCGUUCUUUUACUCUGCUCAUUAGAAAAUCUUCAGUUUGGGGUGGGACAACGUGUCUUCAGAUGGGCAUGAGUGCUGAUGCACGUCUUUUCUUCAGCCAUGACGGAGUGCAGUCCCUGCUGUCCCAGAUUUGGUGGGGAGACAUGAAGAGGGACACAGCGGUGUGGAAGCUGCUGCUCACCUUCUUCUGCCCUGUGCUGUGCUACACCAAUCUCAUCUCAUUCAGAAAUCAAGACGAGCAACAACAAGAGAAUGAUAAAAAGCCACAAGAGGACUGUCCCCUUCGAGAUAAUGAAAGCCUCUAUGGUGCCACAGUCUUUUCUUUUUCAGAUAUCAAACACAUUGAAGCUGAACACCAAGAUCCAGUCUCUCCCUGGAACACUGGCAUUAAAGGGACACCUCAGUAUUACAUACCCCCUAAGCGGCCCUUCAUAGUGUCACGAUGGCGUCAGUUCUGGUUUGCACCCGUCACUUCUUUUUUGGGCAAUGUGUUAAUGUACUUCCUAUUCCUGCUGCUCUUUGCCUAUGUUUUGCUGGUGGACUUUAAGCCCCCGCCACCUCAUGGUCCCGCCAUGUCAGAGUAUGUUCUGUACUUCUGGGUGUUCACUAUUGUGUGUGAGGAGCUCAGAGAGACUUUCUUUCAGGGUGCUAUAUCGUUAAGGCAACGAUUAAGAGUCUAUAUUCAGGAUGUAUGGAACAAAUGUGACCUCACUGCCAUUACACUGUUCAUUAUUGGGCUCAUCUGCAGGAUGUUUCCCCUAACUUAUGGAUUUGGCCGUGAUGUCUUAUGUAUCAACUACAUGGUGUUCACCCUACGUCUCAUUCAUAUUUUUGCUGUUCACAAACAGCUUGGACCAAAAAUCAUUAUUGUUGGAAAAAUGAUGAAAGACAUCUUCUUCUUCCUCUUCUUCCUCGGUAUUUGGCUUAUGGCGUAUGGUGUAGCUAAUCAAGCUUUGAUUUAUGCCUAUGACCCACGGCUGGACCGCAUCUUUCGCAGAGUUUUCUACAGGCCGUAUUUGCACAUUUUUGGACAGAUUCCAGUGGAAGAGAUGGAUGUCUUUGCCAAGGUGUGGGACAUGCCAUGCACAGAUAAUGUCACCCUGAUUCAGGAAGGGGCAGAACCCUGCCGGAUCCUCCACAGUAACUGGCUUGUGGUCAUUUUAUUGGUCAUUUAUCUUUUGGUCACAAACAUCCUUCUCAUAAACUUGCUCAUUGCCAUGUUCAGCUACACCUUCUCUGAGGUGCAGGCCAAUAGUGACAUCUAUUGGAAGUUUCAGCGUUACAACCUGAUAGUAGAGUACCAUUCAAAACCAUCUCUGGCCCCGCCUUUCAUCAUCCUCUCCCACAUUAAUCUUUUUAUCAAAAGAAAAAUCCGCAAAGUGCCCUCUGUCAAGGUGUACCACUUUGUGUUGGAAUUAAGAGGAAAAGCAGCUAAUCGACUAAUGACAUGGGAAACUAUACAGAAGGAAGACUUCCUUACAACUCAGAACAAGAUUCAGAAGAGCAGUGACUCAGAGCGACUCAAAAGGAUGUCAGCCAAAGUGGAUACUGUGGUGAAACAUGUGACUGAAACAAGGAACUUUGAUAUGAGGCUCAGGGCUUUGGAGAAUGAGAUGGAGUACUGCUCUAACGCGUUAAGCUGGAUUGUUGAAACAUUAGCGCAAAGUAGCACUUUCAAACCUGCUCGGGCCCCUCCUGUGCCGAGAGAUUCAGUUAUGUCCACCCAAUCUACAUAAUGGAUCUGCAGUGGCCAUUAAAUGAUGGAAAUGACUUCAAGCAUGAACUAAAACAUGUAAUAUAUUUUUUUUAUUAUUUUACCCUAUAUAAACUCUGGUUAGGCAGUUGAGGAUGUAAAAGCAUCUCUUUUAUGUUUGUAUUUUUUAUGAAAAUAAAAGUAAUAUUAUUUGUU